GGUACUUCUCGGAUUCCACUACCCAUGCGAGGUGCGUGGCUCUUCUGCGCCAGUGGCAGAGGAGCUGGCAGCCUGGCACCCUCCUCUUUUCUUCCUCUUUUUCCAAUUUUUUAGAUAGAUCUCAGCACCCAGCAAACGAGGCAUUGAGCAGGCUCAGAAACUAGGGCGCGCACAGGAACGGGUAGCACACCGUUGAGAGGACUAAGUUCAGGUCCCAAGGCCUUACAACCAAUUUAAACGGGAAGAAUUCAUUUGACUGCACCCUCAAUUGUCCUCGUGACAGAUUGUGAAGAGGACUUUAUCCACUCGGAACAUUGGGAUCUACUCAUGGCGCUUUUGAAGCUAAUAGAAUGUUGUCUGCUUUCGCUACUUUCUAGGCAUCUUCUGAACUGAUGGCAGAUGCUCAGGAGGGCACCCUCUGCUCAUAUAGUGUCACUUUUAUCAAUUGUUCUGUACAGAAAGCGAUUUUGGCGAUAAUCCCAAGUAGUGCACUGGAUUGAUUGCCCCUGGUUAGAAUACUCAGCAAAGACAGGAGUGCUGUACAGUGAUCCUUCAAACUGCGUGGAGCUAGCGCAGAAGUACUUGUCCAAGUCCUUCCACAGGCAUGGCAGCUGAUCUGACCCGCCUCGCUCAGGAAUCCCCAGAGUGGUGCCUGGCAAGUGACGUCAAACUUUUAGCCUGGCUCAAGGGCUUCUCCCAAGAAGUAACACAACGCACUGAGUUGCUCACCGGCCGUAUCGAAGCACUGUCCCAUGACGCCUCAGUGGCGCAAGCAGACCUCCGCAAUGUGUUCACGAGCCUCCACCAACUGUCCAACACGCAAUUUAUCGAGCAGCGCGUUCAGGACGAAGACGAGAUCUCCGCCCCCUCGUCACCCCCUCCUCAGCGUGCAUCCCGCCCCCCGAUUGCGCCAGGCCCCGAGAGCUUCGAGCAGAACGUCGUACCCAAGUACCGCGAAGCAGUGGAGAUCGCAUGGCGGGUUCUGAAGAGUGCCGAUUGCCCUUCCACAAGUCAGCCCUUAGAGACGAACUCAACGAGAGAUGAGGGGUUGAGAUCCGGUCCCUCGUCCACCUCCCAAACGAGAGAAGCGGGAUUGGAAAGAAUUCGGAGAAGGGAAUGGCUAGAUCGCCCGCUGCCUCUCAUUCUAGGAACAGACGCUUUCCUAGCGGACGAGUUCUGUGGCCUUCCACCCCCCGACACGGAGGAAUACCGCCCCCCCCUCACGGAAUCGUACGAGCGGGAGCGCAGGGAAGGCCACUUUGCAGGUCCCCGGGAGGACCAGGUGCCGAGCGUUCCCGAGAAGGGGGGUGAGAAGGGUUUGGAUUCGCAGUCGGAGGGAGGUGACGUCGAAGACGGCUGGACGCAGAUCAGUAGUCGGAAGGACUACUCGGAAGUGGAACCAGCGGUCUCUGCUGCGCUCAACUUCCGGGCGAUGCUGGAAGAGGCCUUGCGGGGGCCGUCCGGAAUAUACGAAGAUGUCUCCAGCCCCUCAACGCGACGGCCCACUCACGAAGGCGAAUCAGAUCCUGCCACGUCAGCUUCGCAUGACGAGGCUCCCGGUGCCACCAAUCGUGAGUCGCAUGACGCUACAAAGAGUACGAAGGAUCUAUUAAAUAAAAGGGGCGGGGGAAGUGAAGCCAGUAUGAGUAGCCGAAGCCAUGGAGAGAGAAGGAGUGCGAGCGGUUUCCUGGAAGAGACGAAGCAGGGGUUGGAGUCGCAAAGAGAGGGAGACGGAGCCCAAAGCUCGGGGAGCACUGGGCCUCAAGACAAAGCAAAGCGGGUGGUGUUUUCCGAAGAUGCCCACGAGGAGCGGCCUGUAGGUUUUAAGGGUGGGGAGGGGCGUCAGGCGGAGUCAGCAGAACAGGCGGAUGGGCCGAGUGGGAAGAGCACUGAGCGGUCGUACGGUGCGUUUGGAGACGAUUGGGACAACGAGGAGUUCAGCUUCGGGUCUUCGACCAGUAAGAAGGGCAAGCCCUCGUACACUCUCGACCUUGACGACCUCUUCAAACGGAAGCCCCGCACCGCCCCGCUUCCAAAUGGCUCGGAUUCCUCAAGUGGAACCUUUGGGGAAGGCGCUUUUCAAGGUCCCGCAGAGUCUCAAGUGUCCAGCAACGGGUUAGGAUGGGGGUUAGGCGGUAGUUCACAAGCUUCUGGAGGAGUAGGCCCACAAACCGUCAAAACGGGGUCAGGUGUGGGUUUGGGAGGCAAAAACGCGGCAAUGGAUGCGGUUACGGCAGCCCUUAAGCAGCGGCAGGCGGCGUCCAAAGGUUCUCCUGAAAAGCCCUCUGAGAAUUGGGUUAGCCAGUCGGUUAGUGCAGACUGGGUUAGGACACCUUCAGCCGACGUGCUUGGGGAGCCGGUUAGCGUUGAUUUCGAGGAUGAUCGAGCGGUUCUGGACGAGACGGGGGUGUGGAGUCCGAGCCUCACCAACCCCCCGCUUCGAACAGAGCUUUCGUUUGGGCCGGUGGAAGACCAUACGGAGGGGGGUGAGGCUACUGGCAGGGAACAAGACAGGAGCGGGGCGGAAGAACCGAGCGAUGUUCGGAAAAGUGAAGACUUGGGGAGGUUGCGAAACGGAGAUGAUUGGGAAGCGGAAGCAAGCGACGGGUUUCCAGCGGGAGGCGGUCGAUUGCACGGGCGUUUGGAAGCGGAAACGGAGUCUGUCAGGGCGGCGGACAGUGCCUUGCGAGAAGGUGCGGGUUUCCACAAAAAGGGCGAGGAAAAUACUGAAGCGGACCGGGCGAAAAUGCGCAGCGAGGACACGGGAGGGAAGGGAGACAGUGAAACGGCUCAGGUAACGGUGCGGGAACCAGGGGGCAAUGGCGGGGAAACGGGGAGUGGCCGCCUUUUUGGUGUUAGGAACGAUCGGGCAGAGACUAAGGGCGGUGAAGCGUCCACUUCGGGGGGGCAAAACCUCGGGUUCGGAAAAGGGGGGGCGAGGUCGAAGUUGUUUGGGGACAGCGACGAAGAGGAUGACUGCGGGCUGCCGCUCUUUGGGGGGAAGCUCGGGCAGCGGCCGGGGGGGAAAAGGCGGGGUCUGUUUGAAGAUAGCGAUGAGGAAGCGGGGGGGUUAGGGUUUGGGCGACGAAGCACGGGUUUGUUUGGUAAUGGGUACGGUUUGGCAAAGGACGGUCUCGGUGGCCAGAAGCAGAGCACCGGGCUCUUUGGAGACAGUGAAAAGGCAACCGGGGGACUGUUUUCGAGCGACCGGGGGGAAGGUGAUGUUAGCAGCGCGAGGGCCGCGAAGUCAGCGGCUGAGGGAUCCCCCAAAAGCGAUGCGGCCAAAGCUGCGAGGAAAGCCGAUGAGGGCUUGUUCGGGGCGCCGCAACAGCAAACGGCUCUGAGUGCGGAUCUUUUCGGCGACGAUGAGGAAGAUGGGGACCUCUUUGGUCUGAGUGGGCUUGGUCGCCAUUCGCGUGACAAAGCGGGAUUUGGGGAGGCGGGCCCAAAGCGGACGACUGGGAUCAGCGCUUUUCUCGAGAGUACGUAUAGCAGCGACGAGGAGGAUCCGUGGGAGGGCCGGUUGGCCAAGCUCAAGGAAGGGCAGGACUGAAGAUGGGUUAUUGAAAUGCACCGCUGCGUUCACUGCGCCAGAAUCUUCAGAAUUUAUUCCCACAAUCGAUCAAGUUUGACUGCGUUCGGAUUCGAAAGCGACCUUAGUCUGGCCAAGUUGAGAAGGUCAAGCCAGACCAGGAAGCUCGCGCUUUUGUGAUGGCGGGGUUUGAAUUGAUCAUCGACGCCGC